CCGCCGCCGCCGCUGCCGCCGCCACUGUCCCGCCCGCUCUGCGUGUCCCAUUCCACGCUCUGAGCAGCCUCUCGCUGGCCCACGUCUCCAUACCAGGGCCUCUUUCAUUGUGACCACACGCGUGCACCCGGUGUCCUGUGCCCGGGAGUUCUUUCCCUCUUAUUUGGCCCCCGAUCAAUAUGUUCGGCCGGGCAGUGCAUUGCCUGGGUCGUACUCAAUGGCUCGCCCUUCUGACGUUGAGCCUCAUCAUUGACGCGGCAAUUGCGCAUGGCAACGUCGCGGUCGCCACAGCAGCCCACCACGCUUCGGCUCCCGAGUCGCCGAGUGGGGCGCUUGUGCCGGGGUUGAAUACUGCCCUCGAGGCGGCCACGGCCAUGGCCACGGCCACGGGGACAGCUACGGCUGCCGGUGGCCGGGUCCUCUUCCUCGCCUCGCCCUCGGAUUGGCUUGUUCUGUUGAUCAUUUGCACGCUGAUGUUCAUCUCCACCUACUUGUGUGGGGCCUUGCCACUGGUAAUGCCCUUGAGCCCGGUGGUUUUGGAUCACCUGAAUGCCCUGAGCGCUGGGAUCCUUCUCGGCACGGCGCUCAUCAUCAUCCUGCCCGAGGGGGCCGAUGUGCUGUACCACUCGAGCCAGCAGCAUCACCAUGCCGGCGAGGCCGUCACCUCUGUGUCUUCUUCCCCGAGCUUGGCCCUUGGCCUGGCCCUGGCACUGGGCUUCUUCGUGAUGAUUCUCGUGGAGCAAUUCAGCCCCUCGGCAGAUGGCCACGGCCAUAGCCACGGCCACGGCCACGGCCACGGCCACGGCCACGGCCACGGCCACGGCCACGGCCACGGCCACGGCCACAGCCACACCCACGAUCAGGGAUUCUCUUCCUCCGAUCAACAUGCGACUGGUCUUCCGGUCGCUUCCGACCCGAUUUCCUGGCAGCCACCAGCCGUCCUCCGGGCACACACCCAGCCAGCCGUGCCGGGCUCUGAUGCCACCGCGGCUGAUGUCACCCCGUGGACUCGGCGCCACACGGUCGACGAGGGCGUGAGCGACUUGCAUAGCCCGCCCGGGGCCUUGCCGCCAGGCAUGUUGGCAGCCACCCAGUCCGGGACCCGGCCCGGGACCAGUCUUGCUAGUCUGGACACUCUUCUCUCGCCGACGCCGCCCUCCUCCGGGCGGGUGUUCAACAGCAGCGGCGGGGCCAGCGGCGCCAGUGUCUUCAAGAGCUCGGCCUUCCUCGGGAUUUUGAUCCACUCCAUGGCUGAUGGCCUGGCCCUGGGAUCGACCCUGGCCGCGAGCUCGAAGUCCCUGUCGGAGGCCUUUUCCCUGGGGCAGGGAUCCUCUGCGGCCCUUCCGAUGUUGGUAUUCCUGGCGCUCAUGAUUCACAAGGCCCCGUCGUCCUUUGCCAUGACAUCGGUCUUCCUGCGGGGCGGUGCCUCACGUACCGUGACUCGCCUGCGGCUGUUGAUCUUCUCGGCGGCCGUGCCCCUCUCCACCCUGAUGACUUUUCUGGUCAUUCGGCUGGUGUUCCUGAUCGGCCGCAGUCUCACCACGGGUGGAGGUGGUCAGCCAGGAGCCGAGGCCGGCCUCAAUGGCUGGUGGACUGGCAACAUUUUGACCUUCAGCGCGGGGACAUUCAUCUAUGUGGCAGCCACGCACGUGCUGCCGGCCCUGACGGCCACCGGCGCCGCGAAUGACCCCCACCAGGCGGCGGUUGCAUUGCUGGGGGCCGAGGCGGCCAGGGCAUCGGGGAAAGCAAUGCUUGUCGAGGGCUCCGACCGUGCCGGGGGCCCCCAGGAAGAGCAACCACUUUCGCAUGGUCGUCUAAACCUUGCACAAUUGUUUUACUUCGCCGUUGGGCUUUUCUCGCCGGUCCUUAUGCAAACCGUGGGCGGCCACGGCCAUGGGGGGCACUAGAAGGCAGCCAUUUCUGGGCCACCAUUAGCCUUCCAGGCAUCCUCCCCCCCACUGCGUUGUGUUGUGCCCCCUGCGUGAGAGCAAGGAGGGAGUAGUCGUGCACAUCCCCCUCCACAGUAGAUGCCCAACACCGGGCGGACCCUUACCAAAUGUACCAUAAACUUGAUGCGCUAUCAUGUGCAAAAGCGCCUAUGAAGAGAGAGGCGAUCUGGA